AUGUUGAAGAAGCUGCUGUCAAUUGGCGGCGGGGAGAAGAAGGCGAGGAAGAAGGGGGCGCAUCUGGCGGUGUACAUCGGCGCGGAAUUGCAGCGAUUCGAUGUCCCAAUCGAGUACUUCCGCCACGAAGGGUUCGCGAAGCUGCUGCUCGAGUGCCGCGACGCCGACGCGCUGGAUUUCAACAUCAACCUGCCGAUCGAGAUCGAGUCGUGCUCGGUGGAGAGGUUUCAUCGGGUUUGGAGAGGCGCCGUCGAGGAGGAGAAUGCUCUCCGGCGCCGGCGGUGGCGGCUGUAG